GUUGAAUCAUAAAUAUGGGACCAGUUGUAGCAUUGUUAAGGUUUGGCCCUGAAACUGUUUUGUAAGAGAAAAACACAAACAUCAACAAGAAAAGCGAUAACAUAGAGAAAGAGGAAGAGAUGUCAGGCUCAGCAGAUCCAUUAGUGAUAUCAUUCGGUGAGAUGCUCAUCGACUUUGUUCCUGACACAUCUGGUGUCUCCUUGGCUGAGUCUCCUGCUUUUAUCAAAGCCCCUGGAGGUGCUCCUGCUAAUGUUGCUUGUGCCAUAGCCAAACUUGGUGGCAAUGCUGCUUUCAUCGGCAAGGUGGGAGAUGAUGAGUUUGGAAGGAUGCUUGUUGAUAUUUUGAGGAAAAACAAAGUGAACACUGAUGGUGUUUGCUUUGAUACGGAGGCAAGAACUGCUUUGGCUUUUGUGACAUUGAGGAAAGAUGGAGAGAGGGAGUUCAUGUUUUAUAGAAAUCCCAGUGCAGAUAUGUUGCUGGCGGAGUCAGAAUUGAAUACGGGUUUGAUCAAGAAGGCUAAGGUAUUUCAUUAUGGAUCCAUUAGCCUGAUAUCAGAGCCAUGCAGAUCAGCACACUUGGCUGCCAUGAAAGUUGCUAGAGAAAGUGGUGCUUUGCUCUCCUAUGAUCCAAAUGUGAGGCUUCCCUUGUGGCCUUCUGAGGAGGCUGCUAGGUCUGGAAUCAAGAGCAUAUGGUUUGAUGCCGACUUCAUCAAGGUGAGUGAUGACGAAGUUCAAUUCCUAACCCAAGGUGAUCCUGAGAAGGAGGAUGUUGUAAUGUCUCUGUGGCACGACAAAUUGAAAUUGCUUCUUGUCACUGAUGGAGAGAAGGGUUGCAGAUAUUACACCAAGAACUUCAAAGGAAGGGUAAAUGGAUUUUCAGUGAAGGCAAUUGACACAACUGGUGCUGGUGAUUCUUUUGUGGGUGCACUUCUCACAGCUGUGGCCAAAGACACUUCCAUAUUUGAGAAUGAACAAAAAUUGAGAGAGGCUUUGACGUUUGCGAAUGGUUGUGGAGCAAUUUGCACAACAGUGAAGGGUGCAAUUCCUGCACUGCCAACUGCAGAAGAGGCUUCCAAAUUUAUUUCCAACUCUAAAGCCUCAUAGACUCUCUUCCACAUUUUCAUGUCAGAGUUUCGUCUUAUUUAUAUACCUUUCAUAUUUGAUACCCAAUUACUUAAAAUUCUUGAUU